UUAAGGUAAAUUUACAUAAUUUACACAAUGGAAUGCUUCAUACCUCGUUCCCCACCACAGAUUGUAGAGGGCAUCACUCUGAAGUUUCCAGCAGUCCUAUGGCGUCUUGUAAAUAGCUGCACCACCGGCGCUAUUUCUUGGGAGACUGACGGUACAUCUCUUAAAAUCGACAAAAUAAAAUUUGAGGAUGAAUACCUAAACAAGCCAACAUUUUUCAAGACAAAAAACUUUCAGAGUUUCAUCCGGCAGCUGAACAUAUAUGGUUUCAGAAAACUACCAUCUCAUUACCACAGGGGCCAGGAAGAUUCAAUAUUUGUGUAUAAACAUGAUUGUUUCUGUAGAGGCCACCCUGAAUUGUUGGCUAAGGUCGUCCGAAACACAGCCGUUAGGAGAACCCAAAGGGAACAGUCAGUCAGAGCGGUGGAAGCACAAGUGGGCAAAGUCAUAUUAGACGAGGAAGUCUUGGAUGAAAACCCAUUACUGAACAACAUUCCAUCAACAAAAGAAGGAGUUGACGAAACUCACCCCUUACUCAAGAGUCCAGCCGAGCCUAUUUUACGCUAUGGUGUACCAAUUGAUCCCGUCGUAAAGACCCAAGGGACCCACUUAACCACUGUGUACUUAAAUCCCCGCCUCAGCGACAUGGAGACGAUCAUGAGUCCAAAGCGAAUACAGGGGCAAGUAGCCAACGUUCUUCAGGCCAUAAAUACAAGUGACGAUGAGGAUGCACCUCCGUUCAAAAAGGUUUGCACAUUUCGGACCGUCACUCGCCCAGCUGAGCUUGGAAGAAGAGCUACAACAACAGCAGAGUCAACCAAAGUCUCGCCGGUAGAUGAACUCUCUCAGGAAAGCAUCCCGCCACGUCCCAGCGAUCAACUCAUGUUCAGCUGUCCAAUUGACUACAAGUCUGAUUCCGACAGCGAUAGCGAUGACUUGGGUCUCGAAUUUGACCCUAAGUUGUACAAUGAUAUUCCUGAAGAUUUUUCAAUUCUUAAUAAUGUGACCACUAAUCCAGUUCAAAGAAAACCUAUUGAGAACAUAAAUUUCGCCUCUCCACUUCUGUGCAGUGGAGGUAUUGAUGUCCUAGAUGCUGAACUAUUGAAUUGUCAUUACUAUGGGGGUAUUACCUCGCAAUGUGAGGAGCAGAUUCUAACACCAGCCUACUUUGACCCUGGCACGGGGACUGUAACAUUGCUUUUGCCAGAAUAUUGAACUACAGUCAAACCCCAUUGGCUCGAACUUGCAUAGCUCAAAUUCCUCGUUGGCUUGGACUGGAUGUAAAGGACCGAUUUCUUUAAAAUGAAGGUAAGCAUUCCCGCUUGGCUGAAGUUUUUUGAGGCUCGAGGUAUUUUCGCGGUCCCUGGGAGUUUGAGCCAACGAGGUUUGACUGUACUUGGAAGAACAUUUUAACAAAAUGGCAAACUUGCCCUUAGCUUCAUGCAAACUGCAAAGAAGGCUAUGACGGAUUACCAUGAUUGUUGAAUAACAAUAUUUAAUGAUAGUUGAUACAAAAAUGUAAUAAUUAUUUUCUUCUCAUGUAUAAAAAGACACUAUAGAACGAUAUUUGACACAAUUCUUUCUUGAAUUGUUCUGUAAGCUACUCAGAAUCCAUUUUUGCUGCGAAAAAAAACCCAUCUCCUUUCGACCAAACUGUUAGCCUACUGAAUGGAACAUUAUUUGAAAUAAAGAGUUCUAUUUGGUAUAGGAUUCUAGUUUCACUUGAAUACAGGCUUGAAUACUGUGUCAGAGUUGUUUGUGCAGUUAAUUAUGUGUACAUAAUGUUACAAUUUGUUGUCUUAACCUCAUGUUAUUUUGAAAGUAAUAAUUAUUAUCUAUACCAUUUGUUUCAGUGCAGAAAACUGUUGUAGGUUUUCCUGCUAUAAUCAUUAUCUAUGUUGAAUUGCUAACAUUAUUCAAUGUUUGUUGAGAUAUAUAUGCAUUACUUACAUUAUUCAAUGUUGUAUUUAAAUAGUGUUUGUUGAGAUAUGCAUGGUUUUCAUACAUUAUUCAAUGUUGUAUUAAAAUAGUGUUUGUUGAGAUAUAUGUAUGUGUUUCUUACAUUAUUCAAUGCUGUAUUAAAAUAGUGUUUGUUGAGAUAUAUGUAUGUGUUUCUUACAUUAUUCAAUGCUGUAUUAAAACAGUGUUUGUUGAGAUAUGCAUGGAUUUCAUACAUUAUUCAUUACUGUAUUAAAACAAUGUUUUUUGAGAUAUGCAUGGUUUUCAUACAUUAUUCAAUUCAA